AGAGGUCUUUUCAGUCCAGCUACUUGGAACACUGUAGUUUAUUACGCAGCGCGAAUCGCACUGUGGUCAGGGACAUUUUCGGUUAUGAGUGUGAUAUCUACCAAAGAUUUACAAUCUACAAGAUGAAGAAGGGAACACAAGUGGUCUUGCUCGCUGCCUGCGCGGGCAUUGUCAUUUGCGUUGCACAGGCCGACGAAUUAUCAGAGAAGUGCGAUUUCUCUGACCUCGACGUGGAGAAAAUGGUCGACAGCAUUGUGCGGCGGCUGCCCCAGUCGUACUCAACACCAGGACAAAAACCGGAAGAAAUCGUACUCGGAAUAACCAUGGACCCUCCUGUGCUCAAAGGCUUGGAUAAUUUCGAACCUUAUGGUCCAUUGUUCAGCUAUUGUCGAAAGGGCGCCAAGCUCGUCCAAUUAGACCUCGUCACUGAUCGCCUCAUGGAGCUCUCCGCGGCUUGGAAAACUUGCAAUGGAAAGGAGGGAGUCAUUGGGACUUACGGAACUGCCAGAGUUACGGUGACUUUUGAGGUGGUCAACGUGACUGGUGAAGAUAAUUUCCAGGCAAAAGGAAAGAAGCUGGUUCUUCACAGUGACCCGAAUCCUGUUGACGUCAGUGUCGUUAGCGUAUACAUUCGAGGCGUAGGAGAACUGUUGAGUAACGUUGUAUCAGCAUCUAGGUUAUUUCUGCCUAAGUUGCCCACGGAGUUAUUAACUAACGAAGUUAGAUUUCGAUUCCGGCAGAUACUCAAGGAUUUAACUGAACGUCCUUGACAGGCUGGUAAGGUAGAACGUAGUCAGCACCAUUCAUGGCUUGCGGGCAUUCUAGGCUACAGCUUAGAUCGCAUACGAUGUAUUGACAUGCAGCAAACUAAUUCGGCUCUGCACUGCGAAAUGUAUUCAAUUAUGGUGCUCGUUUUAGUAAAUGACUCUUAUUUUUGUU